ACUGCUUUUGGCACCGACGAAGUUUAUUUCCCAGCAUGCCCAAAAGACUUCCUUUUCCUCCAUCUUUGUUAGGCUAGCAGGUUUUUCACGAGCCUGAAUACUAGACGAUCACAAUGCCUGGAAGACUGUGGAGCAAGGCCAUCUUCACCGGGUACAAGCGCGGGCUGAGGAACCAGCGCGAGCACACGGCCCUGCUGAAGGUGGAGGGAGUGUACACACGCGAUGAGACCGACUUCUACCUGGGCAAGCGUUGCGCCUACGUCUACAAGGCCAAGAAGAAUACAGUGACCCCCGGGGGCAAACCCAACAAGACGAGAGUCAUCUGGGGCAAAGUCACGCGUGCCCACGGCAACAGCGGGAUGGUGCGCGCCAAGUUCAGCAGCAACCUGCCCGCCAAGGCCAUUGGGCACAGGAUUCGAGUGAUGCUGUACCCAUCACGGGUGUGAUGUGCUGUGAUGUACAUACAAUAAAAGUCUGGUCCAAGUUCUGUGUGCA